AUGUCAAUAUAUAUUGCAGCAGAAGCCCUACCUCCCCAACCCACGCCAGCACUCCCACCCCAACCGCAAGCCCCACAACCACAGCCGGCUCCUCAUCAACCAAGGCAACGGAGGCGUGCUAGGCCACCAAUUUUCCGAACCCGUGUCCUACUUUUUGGGAUGCCAGAUGAUGUGGUGGUGCGUAGAUACCGGCUGCCACCACAUCUAAUCCUAGACACUCUCUCCAUAAUAGAGAGUGAUCUGGAGUCUGAAAUUCGGUAUCCUACAGCAAUACCACCAUUGACACAAUUCCUUGCAGUGUUACAUUUUUUGGCUACAGCCUCAUAUCAGCAUGUUGUGGGAGACCUGGUUGGCAUGUCGCAGGGCCAGUUCAGUAAGGUCCUGCGGCGUGUCUGCCAGGCUUUCCUAAAGCGGGUGAAGCAGUUCAUUGAUAUGCCUUUGGAUGUUGGUGCCCUAGAUGUGGUGAAGCGGCAAUUUGCGGAAGGUGGUAGUCGCUUCCCACAUGUUAUUGGGGUUGUGGAUGGCACACAUGUUGCUAUUCAGCCACCAAGACAUAAUGAAGAAAUUUUUAGAAACAGGAAACUGUUUCAUUCUCUGAAUGUAAUGGUUGUUUGUGGGCCAUCCCUCCAGAUCCUUUCCCUGAAUGCAAAGUUUACUGGAAGUUCCCAUGAUGCAUAUGUCAUUAGACAAUCAGGGAUAUGGCAGAGAUUAAGAUCAAGUCAACGAGCAGACAUGUGGUUAUUGGGAGACCGUGGAUAUCCUUGCACCCCCUGGCUCAUGACUCCUUACCGUAAUCCCAGGCCAGGACCACAGAUGGCAUUUAACUCCGCGCUUACUGCCACUAGGCAGCUGGUGGAGCGCACAAUUGGUGUCCUUAAAGGGCGGUUUCGUGUGCUCCACCGCACUGGUGGCGACAUCAUGUAUUCGCCGGAGAUGGCAAGUAAAAUAGUGGUCCUGUGCGCAAUACUACAUAAUAUCGCGGUAAGGAGUAGUGUAGAGCUUCCUCAGGCAGAGGAAUUGCCUGAUGAGGAGCCAGGGGUUGGUCCACGCUUCGGUGGGGGGAGUGUGACACGGAGGGGGAGCCAAGUGAGGGCAAGAAUUGUUGCAGAAUAUUUCAGCUGAAUGAUCACACGAACUGUGGACAACAACAACGGCAAAACUCCCCACCCCCUUCCCCUUCUCACUCCCCCUCCCCUUCUCACUCCCCCUCCCCUUCUCACUCCCCCUCCCCUUCUCACUCCCCCUCCCCUUCACAGUCCCCCUCAGCUUCCCAGUCCCCCUCAGCUUCCCAGUCCCCCUCAGCUUCCCAGUCCACCUCAGCUUCCCAGUCCACCUCAGC